GGAGCGGUCACAUGGUAGCGUCACGUGGUCGUGACGUCACGCAGGGCUUUUCCGAGGACAAGGGCGUGUGGGUUGUAUGCUGAAAAAUGCUUUGUGCAAGAGUUUUCCGGUAUUUUGUGCGUUCUAACGUUUUCCUAGCUCAAAAUAAUUUCGAGAAGUAUUGUGGUGCUCAAGGUUUAUGUAGAGCCUUUUCUGAUCAUGGAAACAGAGAACAUAUUUUUGAAAGAGACCAACGUGAGGACGAGGAAGAUUUUGUUUUUGCAGAAUUCGCAGACCAGCUAGAAAGGGAAACUGAAGAUAACUAUGCGAUGUGGCUACUAAAGGAGUAUCAGAAGGCGAAAGACCUCAGACCAGGAAAGAAAGACCCCCACCUUCGUCCAGCAUUACUAAAACAGAUUAAAACGCUCCAUCCAUUCAUAGAGCUAAAACCUGGAAAUCAUAGGCCAGAUCUGGAUGAAGAACUAGUGUUUACUGAUGCUGGUUUCACUUAUGUAAUACAGAAACUCCAGUUUCAUUCAGAUGAUGGGAACAGUAAGAGGCAACAUAAAAUAUAUGGUAAUCCAGAUCCUAAUUUACCUGUAAGUGGAGAGCAGUGCACAGGAUGUGGUGCAGUACUGCAUUCGGUUGAAACUUCUUUGCCAGGAUACCUACCAUCUGAGAAGUAUGCAAGCUUUCUUCAAGUCCGAGACUCCAAUGAGCUAAUGUGCCAACGGUGCUUCCUACUUAACCAUCAUCAACAGGCAUUGGAUGUUAAAGUUUCACAAGAGGAAUACAAAUCCAUUGUACAAAGCAUUAAGACAAAAAAGGGCCUUGUAUUGUUCAUGGUGGAUAUGCUUGAUAUUCCAGAUUCCAUUUUUCCAGAUUUAAUUGAUAUUAUUGGCGAAAACAAAAGCAUUCUAGUCCUGGGUAAUAAAGUUGACUUACUUCCUGGGGAUUCUCCGGGUUACCUUAAGUACCUCAAAGGUCAGCUUCACGACUAUUGUACCAAAGCAGGAAUUAAUAGGACAGGAAAUAUGACAGAUGUACAUUUAUUAAGUGCAAAAACUGGUUAUGGAGUGGAAGAAUUGAUAUCAAAGCUGCAGCAAUCCUGGAAAUACAAAGGUGAUGUGUAUUUGGUAGGAGCUACAAAUGCAGGCAAAUCUACUUUAUUCAAUACAUUUCUGCUAUCUGAUUACUGUAAAGAAAAGGCAUCAGAGACAAUAAAAAAAGCGACAAUCUCUCCAUGGCCAGGCACCACAUUAAACUUGCUGAAGUUUCCUAUUGUCAAUCCUAAACCAUACAGAAUGUUUCAGCGUCAAAGGAGAUUAAAAGAGGAUUUUUCUAAAACAGAAGACGAUUUAAGUGAAGAAGAACAAAAACUUUUGAAGACUCUUAAAAAACACAGUUAUGUUGUAGGUAGAGUGGGGAGAACUUCAACAAAAGGUCAAAAAACAACCCAAAAAGAUAUUGAAUUUGAUGCAGAAUGGCUUUCUUUCGGCACUGAGGAUAAUGCAGAGCAUUCUUGUUUAUCAGAAAAUUUAAGAAAAACCAACCAGUUUACAUACAACGAGCUAAAAGAUGCGCAUUGGUUUUAUGACACUCCUGGAAUUAUAAAAGAUGGCUGUGUACUUAACUUUUUAAAGGAUAAAGAAGUAAAAGCUGUAUUACCAACAAAAGCAAUCAUCCCUCGGACAUUUAUACUCUCACCUGGUAUGACACUGUUUCUGGGGGCUUUGGGACGUAUUGAUUUUUUACAAGGUAAAAGGUCAGCAUGGUUUUCGGUUAUUGCUUCAAACUUGCUUCCAGUCCACAUAACCAGCUUUGAUAAAGCUGAUGACAUAUACAAGAAGCAUGCCGGUGGAACAUUACUUGGUGUUCCAACUGGAGGAGAGGAGCGAAUGAAAGAGUUUCCACUCCUUUUUCCACAGGAUAUUAAGCUAAAAGGCAUUGGGGCCUCUAGAGCUGUUGCUGAUAUCAAGCUUUCUACUGCAGGCUGGAUUGCUGUUACAGCUCACUCAGGAGAACAACUUUAUUUGAGGUGUUAUACCCCAAAAGGAGCUACAUUAACCAUUCGUCAGCCUCCACUUUUGCCACUAAUCGUUAAUAUUAAAGGAGAGAGGCUUAGAAAGGGGCCAGCCUACACUACUAAAAAGCCUCCUUGUCUUGUAAAAAAUUUGAAAUAGAAUUUUGACCAUGAAGUGUGAUUCUAGGCUUAUGACAAGAGGUUUUUUCACUAUAGGGUUUAUGUAACGUUUUCCUCAAAGGGGACAUUUUACAUAAUGCUCAUCUUUGGUUAUGUUAUUGUUCCUUUCUUACAAUAUGUAGUGAUGUAGAAAAAAAACUGUUUUUAAAAAUGCCAUUAUAUCAGAGCUGCACAGAGAUGUUUACUCCUCUGCGUCUAUGCUGAAAUGAGGAGUGGGUGUGGCUCUUCUUUCCCCCACAGGAAAUUAUCACACUGACUGACAGGCUGAACACACACACAGCAGGGAAAGCCCCUCCCAGGUUCCUGCCCAUGUCUCCCCAGCCUGCAAACACAUGCUGUUCCUGCACACUGUUAUUUAUUUUUAUCAUAUUAGAGAAAAACAUCUGCAGGUUUGGUUUAUCUCUAACUUCCUGCAACUAAUUACAGAAUCAGCAUAUUAUUUGAUACAGAAGAACCCAAGUAAAUGUUUUGUGCUUUCUGUGCCACACUCAUUUGAAAAAUUGCACGGUGCACCCAUUAAAAAAAAUUAAAAGGCUUUGAUUUAUUUUCAUAUGUGCUGUACAUAUGGGAGGACGUAGCCGAUUGUGUAGGUGGUGAUUGGGGGAGGUGAAUGGGAAGGCAGCAGAGUGGUGAUCGAGUUAGGUGGACAGGGAAGGCAGCAGGAAUGCAAUCGGGGGAAGGCAAAAGCAAUAGUGUAGGAAGGCAAUGUGGGGAAGUGAAUGGGGAAAGCAGCGAGGAGGAGGAGGAGAUAAUGCAAAAAAGAAGGGGGAGGGCAGCGUGGAGCUGAACAGGGAAGCAGCAGCGCUGCAGUGGAGACAGCAGGAAAGUGAUCAGAUUAGGUGAGCAAAGAACACAGCAGGAAUGCCAUCGAGAAGGCAGCAGAAAUGCCAUUGUGGAGGCGAUCAGGGAAGAGAGUGGGGGAAACAUUCUUCAGUGGGGAGGUGAAUGCGGAAGGCAGCAGGGAAGAGAUCAUAGAAAGCAGUCGGGAGAAGAACAUGGCCAAUGAACAGGGGAGGCAAGAGUGUAGGCGAUUAGGACACAUGAUGACGAGGCAGCCAGGGCAGGACUAAAAGGACUGACGUAAGCAAAAAAGUACCUCCCACAUCUGCCAACCCAGUCCUGCCUAAGUGGAUAUGCUGUUGCUUCUGGCUUUGUAACAGUCGUCGGCCGCUGAGAGAUAUGGAGAGGAGACUUGGACCGGAAGUAUGUGAAAGGGGUGGGCUAAGUGCUGUGUUUUCAAUUUUUGAUAUAAAUUUGACCUGAAAUGUGCAAAAAUAAAAAUGUUUUCUUCUA